UUAUAGCUCACGCCGACCGACUCUCCCCUCCCUCCGCCGAUCUCAGCCAUUCCCCUCCUUCGAGCGACCCCAGGAGGGGACAAUCGGCCUCCACCCUCUGCCACCGCCGCCCGAAACCCUCCGUCGCCGGCCCGCCGUCCUCUGCGAUGAUCCCUUCGGCCGCUUCCGCCUCCUCUGGGCCCUCGCGGGACCAUACGGAGGACCUCCCUAACGACUGCCUGGCCCUCAUCUUCCAGUCCCUCGGCUCCGGCGACCGCAAGCGGUGCUCCCUCGUUGCCGGCGAUGGCUCGUCGUCGAGGGUCAGAGCCGCCACCGCCUCUCCCUAGACUCCCGUGCCGCCCUCCUGGAGGCCGCCCCGUCCCUCUUCUCCCGCUUCGACGGCGUAUCCAAGCUUGCCCUCAAAUGCGACCGCCGCUCCGACAGCAUCGGUGACGAGGCCCUCGACCUGAUCUCCCUCCGCUGCCCCAACCUCACCCGCCUCAAGCUCCGCGCCUGCCGUGCCCUCACGGAGCGGGGCAUGGCCGCGCUCGCCAAGCACUGCCCCAAUCUCCGCAAGCUCUCGUGCGGCUCCUGCACCUUCGGCGCCAAGGGCGUGGAGGCCGUCCUCCGGGGGUGCCCCCUCCUGGAGGAGAUCUCCAUCAAGCGCCUUCGUGGCUGGAUUUGGUGAGGGAGUUAUUUGAUCUAAUGGCAGAAAGAGGUGUGGUUUCUUGGAGCUGCAUGAUUUCGGGCUAUGCAGAGUAACAGGUUCAUGAAGGCUCUGCACCUCUUUAAAGUGAUGCAACUGGAGAAGAGUGCAAAGCCAGAUGUGAUGAAAGCUGCAAUCAAGAAGAUGGAUAUGCAAUCAUCUAAAGAAUUCUUUGCAGAACUGAACGUUCUGACCCAUGUUCAUCACUUCAAUUUGGUGCGUUUAUUAGGCUAUUGCAUCAAGGACUCUUUAUUUCUUGUUUAUGAAUAUAUUGAGAAUGGCAAUUUAAGCCAACAUUUGCGUGGGUCAGGCAGGAAUCCACUGCCAUGGUCUGCUAGAGUUCAGAUUGCUCUUGAUUCGGCAAGGGGUUUAGAGUAUAUUCAUGAGCAUACAGUUCCACAAUAUAUACAUCGUGAUAUCAAAUCAGCAAACAUUUUGAUAGACAAGAAUUUCCGUGGAAAGGUUGCAGAUUUUGGGUUAACAAAACUUUCUGAAUUUGGAAUUUUGCCAGAUCCUACUCGUGCUGUUGGAACAUUUGGUUACAUGCCUCCAGAGUAUGCUCAGUUAGGUGAUGUCUCUACAAAAGUGGAUGUAUAUGCAUUUGGUGUUGUCCUAUAUGAACUUAUUUCAGCCAAAGAAGCUGUGGUGAAGGCAGGAGCGGCAACAGAAUUUAUGGGCUUAGUUGCUCUGUUUGAGGAUGCUCUUGGCCAACCCGAACCGAGAGAGCAUUUGCGAAAACUGGUUGAUCCAAGGCUAGGUGACAACUACCCGAUCGACUCGGUUUAUAAGAUGGCCCAGCUUGCUAAGGCCUGCACCCAGCUGGAGCCUCAACUGAGGCCAAGCAUGCGAUCCAUUGUGGUUGCAUUGAUGAUACUAUCAUCCUCUACCGAGGAUUUGGACAUUGAUGCCUUAUAUGGAAACCCAGCUCUCGCCAAUCUCAUGUCAGGAAGGUAGGUUAGUUCAUGCUUACCUUCUCUGCAUGUCAUGUUUGUGAAGGGUUGCAAGCUUUGUAAGUGGUGCAUUCACCACAGCCUAUUAGAGGAAAUCUGGCCGCUAGCAGUUUGACCAAAUGUAUUAGUUUCACGAUAACCACUGAUUGUAUCAAUCUUUAUUUAAAUAAUCCCAUGUCAUGAAAUUGCAUGGUGUUGGAUGUAUUCAAUAAAACUUUCCAUAAAAAAGAGAAUUUAUGGAAAAAA